CCCUCCCAACAAACAAACUCCACUAAACCUCCCAGUUUCCCAACGUCCCUUCACAAUACCGAACAAUCAUUUAGUUAAACCAUCUAUCUUAUCCAGUCCUGAUGCGACUGGGAGUAAAAUAUCCAGAUCUGAAUGUGGCUGGAGUAAUAUAGAAAUGAGCCCAUACAAACCGAAGGAUCCAGCAUUCAGACCCACCAACGUUACCAGUGCAUUUUAUGGCGAAUAUCCUUUCAUGGUCGCGGUUAUGUCGAGAGGCGAUAGUGACGUUUGGUCGUCGAAAAACUACGUCGGCGGCGGCGCAUUAAUACACCACAGAGUAGUUUUAACAACCGCUCAUUGGCUUGUAUUUAAUAAACUACAAGCCAAUCAGUUGAAGUGCCGUGCUGGCGAAUAUGACGUGCAAACAGUGAAAGAGCAAUAUCUCCACCAAGAGAGGAAUGUCAAUAAAGUUAUUAUACACGAAAACUUAUACUUAACUUCUGUAUACAACGACGUUGCUCUAUUGUUUUUGGAGACAGAGUUCAGAGCAGCCGAAAAUAUUGGUAUAGCCUGUUUGGCAUCCGUCCCUCCCCCAGGAGAGGAUUGCUACUCCAUGGGCUGGGGCCGAGAAGCGUCUAUUGAACGACAGGGUUAUUUCGUAAAAGUGCUGAAAAAGGUCCCACUACCACUUGUAAGCGCGAAAGAUUGUGAAUAUUUGCUUCAGACGAAUUCUCGUCUUGGUCCAUACUUUGAACUCCACAAUUCGCUGACAUGCGCCGGCGGUGAAAGUAUGGUUGACACCUGCACAGGCGACGGUGGCUCCCCACUUGUUUGUGCUGUUGAAACCAGUGGUAUUGAAAAACGAUAUGUGGUGGUGGGUCUGGGGGCCUACGGUAUCGGGUGUGGCAACAUAGGUAUACCUGGACUCUACGCGAACAUCCCACACUUGUACAACUGGGUAACAAACCAGCUCGACCGGGAACAUGUUGAGAAGAAAUUUGUUUUAUAAAAAUAAAUUAGUCUGACUCGUUUUUUUUUUUAAUUUUAUUGUCGCUGGCAUUUUGUCUGCCUCAAGUUAGAUCAUG